CAUUGACAACGCCAUUGAACAACACCACUCUCCACAAUGGCGUCAAGAACACCCGCGACCAUGUCGCUCCUCCGCCAAACAUACACAACACCGCUCUCACGAACAACCACAAUCCUUCCCAGGACCUCAAUACAACAACAACAACCACAACUCUACCUCCGCCCCUUCUCCUCCACCCCAUCAAACCUCAAAAAGAAAUCCGGCCCCCAAAAACGCGACGCCCGAAUAACCGCAAUCCGCUACUUCCUCCACCACCCUCUAACCCCUCGUCCCCUCCGCCUCAGCCGUACGCGCUACCUCCGCCACUGGACAAUCCACCGCGCCUGGCAACGCUACCAAGACAAACUCAAACGCGAACGCCAACUCGAACUCGAACGACAAUACAACAGCAUGGCCGAAGCCUGCGAGCAAUUGCGACUCAUCGAUGGCGAAGGCAUGACUCAUGAGGAAAGGAUCAAAUACGGACAGAAACCGUUGACGCAAGCGAAAGAAGAGGGAGGGAAAGGGCCGAGUGAGGAGGAUGUUUUGAGGGCGAGGGAGGGGAGGUUGUAUAGGCUUGCGAUGAAGAAGGAUGAGAUUUGGGAUGGGGUUCCGAUUGAAUAUGCGAGGAUUCAGACGGAGACACCGGCGAGGGAGGGGUGGAAUCAUGGGUGGACGAGAUAGAGAGGUGGCAGAGAAGAGUUUCGUGGGAAAUUUUGAUGUCAGGAUGAAUGCGAAAUGUGGUGGGAGAAGCAUUUGCAUGUCGAAUGUACCAGUAUCAGCGAGUGGGUGAUGGGACGAAGCAAGAGGAGUAUCCAGGUUUGCGAAGAACGUGCAAGUCGUGCCCUACCCGGAGACCGCGGAGGUAAACGCUACAUUUGGGUCAUUGGAGUGGACAGGUCAUGACUUACAUGAAUCCAUCACCAGGAUGGGAGGCACUGGAUUCGGCCACGGAAGUUCCACUGCGGCUACGAUACGCCAGCUCAAGCCGAUUGUACAGCAUAAACCGGCUCCUAUUACACGGCGCCUGCGCAGAAUUGAGGGACUUGCGGAGGCGCUCAAUGUACAAUCACACAAUUUUCAACUUAUACAAAAAGGCUCUGAAAGAGGGAUUCAGCGUUAUUCCUCCAUUCACGAACAUUGCUUUCUGAAAC